AUGAUGAUCCACAAGCUGCCGUCGUUACUGCUGCUGCUGCUGCUGAUCAUAGCAACUGCGGCAAUGGCAUUCGGGCAAAACUGCACCAGAAGAUGCGGUAACAUCGACGUUCCUUACCCGUUCGGCAUCGAACCCGGCUGCCACCUCGACGGAUUGGGCCUCUCCUGCAACGUAACCGAAUCCAAACUCUACACUGGCAUCAUACAAGUCAUCGAUUUGGAUGUUCUCGAUGGGCAAGCAACAGUGUACCAGCCCAUAUCCUGGGACUGCAAGAAGUCCUACGAAAACCCCAACGUAUCAUUCACGAUGGAACUUACUGGCACGCCCUACAGGGUCUCCGGCACCCGCAACAGGUUCACGGCCAUCGGAUGCGACACCAUCGCGCUCUUCGUCGGUGCCACUAAUCAGUCGUAUUCGACCGGCUGCGUGUCUACCUGCAACCAAAACACCACUUUCAGCAACGGUUCCUGCUCCGGCAACGGCUGUUGCCAGACCUCCAUUCUCCCUGGGCUCCAAUACUUCAACAUAACCCUUUUCUCCUUCACCGGCCACGAGGCCAACUCGUGGGACAACACCUGUAGUUUUGCUUUCCUCGUCGACGACGGUCGGUACACCUUCCGAACACCUGAUCUCCACGAAAUCGACUUCUUCGACAGAAAUGGUGGACAAGUUCCGAUGGUGCUGGACUGGUCGAUAGGCGACGUGGGAUGCGAGGAAGCAACGAAAAAUUCGACCUCCUACGCAUGCCGCAGCAAUAACAGUUCCUGCCUCAACGCCACCAAUGGCAUCGGAUAUCUCUGCAAUUGCUCGCGCGGUUAUCAAGGCAACCCCUACGUGGAAGGCGGAUGCGAAGGUCUCCCUCUUUCUUCUCUCACCAUGUAG